AUGGCGAGCGCGAGCAGUGAAAAUGGUGAUGAGCUCUUGGCCUACGACGGGAAUUCGGAUUCCGAGGAAUCGGAAUAUUCAGAUAACGAAGACACCCAAGAGUCGACGGGAAAUGGCGCAGUUACCUUAAAUACCGAUUCAGGAUAUCCGAUGGAAUCUUCACUACAAGAUACCAAGUCAGCUGUACAAAAGGGUCAAAAUAAGAGUUCGAAUAGUAGUAUUGGGGCAGUGCAUCCGAAUUAUGGAUUUGGCAAACGCUGGUCGAAAUCCGAGGAUGUUUUGCUCAAGAAUUUGGUGGAAACUCAUGGUGAAAACUGGGAAAUUAUUGGACCCCAUUUUAAGGAUCGAUUGGAACAGCAGGUGCAGCAGCGUUGGGCCAAAGUCCUCAAUCCGGAACUUAUCAAAGGUCCUUGGACGCGCGACGAGGACGAUAAGGUAAUCGAACUGGUGCGAAGUUUUGGCCCAAAAAAAUGGACGUUAAUAGCUCGAUACCUAAACGGCAGAAUUGGAAAACAGUGUCGCGAAAGAUGGCACAACCAUCUCAAUCCAAACAUCAAGAAAACCGCCUGGACCGAAGAGGAGGACAAGAUCAUCUAUCAAGCUCACAUGCAACUUGGUAACCAAUGGGCAAAGAUCGCCAAACUUUUGCCCGGCCGCACUGAUAAUGCCAUCAAAAAUCAUUGGAACUCGACAAUGCGCCGUAAAUAUGAUGCCGAACGCAGGUCGGUUAGUGCAUCUGGAAGUGAUUUAAAGAGCUCCCGCACUCAUCUUAUAACGCUGAUCAAAUCUGGAGGGGUCAGCAAAGGGCCAUAUAACAAUCAGCAUAAGGCGGCAACUGCAGAAACCACCGAAGUUAAGUCAGCCACAAAAUCGGAAUCCGAGUCGGCUACUAACAUAAACAGCGAGCUAACCGAGUCACAGGAUUUGACCGGUGCCGAACAUCAAAUGGGUAUGCUAGCCCUCAAUAUGCCACAUUUAAAGAUGUCGCUACCGCGCCAAACGCCGAACAUAUUGAAGCGUUCCCGCAAGCACAUUCCCGAAACUCAUCAUCCACAGGCUGGUCCAUCAAAUGGGGUUUUCAAUGCGGAAGAAGCCAGGCCCAGGCUUCCGGGCUCGCCAGUUAUAACGCCCAUUAAAGCACUACCGUUCUCGCCAAGCCAUUUUCUCAAAUCUCCAUGUCUUACCACAUUUGAAGAUAUGAAUUUGCGAGCCAGUACACCGGUGACAAAGGUGUACAAUCGGGUGGGAAUGGAAAUCAAGAAGGAAAUGGAAACUUCAUCUAUUGAAACUCCCCAAAAGGGUCAACUUGGACCGCGAACACCGACUCCGUUUAAAAAGGCCCUGGCAGCCAUUGGCAAGAAAAGAGAUGGACGACAAUACGAGCCUUCUAGCCCAUCGAGCCUAGUGGAAGAUCUUGCUGAAAUCAUCAAUGAAGAACAUCUGAGCAGCUCGCUAACUACAAACAAUUCCAAAAUCACUGGCGAUCAAACCAACUCGUUUAGCGCUGAAAACAACGGACAGUCGCCGCUUUUGAAACGUGCCAGAAAAUCACUUCUCUCAACUUGGAGCUCGAAUCACCUUUCGAAUGGUUCCAGCACCAGGAAAAUGCAGCCGUUUGAAACCGAAACGCCCAGCAAGUUUCUCACUUCGCCCAGCAACAUUUUGAAGGACACGCUUUGCAGCGAACAGGAUCUUCCGUUUGACGAAGGCAGGAAAGAAAAUAGCCCAUUCCAUAAUCGCAGGAGCUACAAGUACCGUGGUGUUAUGUCUUACGAGCAUGUCAUUGAUCCAAAAUGGGCACGAGUCGCUUGCGGCAAAACCAAAGAUCAGCUUUUUAUGGAGGAACAAGCCUAUGCAUGUCUUAAGAACCUUUCCUGUAUUCCACGUUCCCUUAACUUUGAGAAGCAAAAAUGUAUGGUUAAUACAUUCGAUCGCUUCGGCUCGCUAUAAAUUUCUUGUUGCUAUAUGAUGAGGUAUUAUCAAAACAAAACAAACAAAAAAAAAAAAAAAAAAAGAAAACAUACAUAAGUAUCAUUUUUAUAAUCAUGUAGAUAUGGUUUCUUAAUUUGUACCCGAAUCUGAUUUUAUAUUUGUUUGAUGAGCAACGCAUUUCAAAUUUGAGUAAAUGAAUACAUUUAUAGCAUCACAGGGUACACAAUCUUUGAAAUUUAUACCAUUUUUUUCGUAUAUUUAAUAAAUAAACAUGCUUAAAGUAA